CUCUUUUAUUCUCCAAGAAUGUACCGUCCAGCCCUCAAGCCAACAGGUUACAGCUUCUUCACAUACCGGUCAAGGCACAAGAUUCUGAUUUCUUUGGCCAUCUUCGUCAGUGCUGUCAUUAGUCUCAACUUCCUUGCGUCAGCCCUGAAAUCUUUUGCGCUGAUUAACUCACUCAACGGGAACCUUCCAAAACAUCUGGACAGGUCAAACGGCGGCGUGAUCAUUGCGGUUCUAAGCACUGAUGAUGAAGCUGGAAUGCUUCGACGGGAAUAUGGUCGCCGUUGGUGGAGGCGAUACCAAAACUCUCUCAGUAUACCGGAACCGGGGGCAAAUACGUCAACCACCGUACCGUUCAACUGGAUCUUUAUAGUAGACACGUCAAAACAAACACAUUGGGAGGGGGAUGUCCUCUAUCUGAAUACUCCUAGCGGAUACAAGCAUCUUGGGGAGAAGAUGCGUCGACUUUUUAUCUACCUCUCACAAAAGUUCACGUCGAUGGAAUUCCUCAUCAAAACUGAUGAUGACGUUGUGCUUUGCCUAAAUCGCUUGGCCAAAGCCGUAUCCGAAGUGCCAAAGGAAAAAAGAAGGAGGAUAUAUGGGGGUACAUUGUGGAAUGCGGAGCUGCCUCAAGAUCCCAAACACAAGUUCUACGAUCCGCUCUUUGUGCAAGACACUCGUGGCACAGUGAUAAAAACACACCCAUACGGCGUCGGUGCUGCAUACAUGGUAGGAUGGGAUCUGGUACGAUUUAUCGGCCGAAAUGCGGAGGAACUGAAAGUAUAUGAGAUAGAAGAUUUAAUGGUAGGGACGUGGCUAUAUGGAUUGGACAGAUAUUGGGCGGAUUACGAUGGGGACUUCAAUUGUGGCUGCUUUAAGUAUGCUGAAAAGUUUCUGGGCAAGGCAAAUGAAGCAAAAGGGAUUCAUGACAAGAGUAUCUGGGGAGAAAGAAGUGUGUGGUGGCAUGAUUGCAAGACGCGAUUCCAACUUGAUGGCUGCCAUGCUGUCUUCAAAGAUUCAGCAUGUUGAAGAGAGCAGCCGUAAGUGUAUGCAUAUUAGUUUGUUGAUAAGCUGCGGUAUAUUUCGCCGUGCAGGAUGCGGAUACCAUAAUUUAUACGAGAAGAAUAGAAAGAGCACAGGAUACUGUCCAAAAUGUAAUCUGUUUACAGCAAGAUUGGGUUGGGCAAAAUGGGAGAAUAUGAG